AAGCUUGAGGUCCUGGAGAUACCAGGGCCUUGUGGCCCUCGGCUGGGGUUCUCCAGCCUCCAGACCUAAGGCUAAAGACUACCUCUGAAGGCCGUCCUAGCGGAGGCUCAGCUCCCCAGUCUCUAACACGGCACAACAGUGGUACUAUUUCCAACUUGAAGGUCUAUAGAGAGGGCUGCAUGUGGGGAAACGCCCAGUGCAGCAGCUGAUUCUUGGGAGGUGUGACAAUAAAGGCUGGUCUCUUCCCUCUGUGCGGGACCAUCAGGCCUGGGACAGAGCUGGGAAGGGUGGCUCUGUGGGGGAAAGUGGGCAUUAGGCUUUGUGUCUCACUCUGUGCUCUCAAGUGACUGGGAAAGACCCACAGAGGAGAGGGGGCUAAAAUCAAGUGGCAAGAGUAGAAACCCAAGGGGACUGAAGCACUCAGGUACGGAGCGGUCUAGACAGCCUGAGACAACAGCAUGAAUCCUUGGGGUGCCCCCUCACCUUCCUGGGGAGGCUGCUGAGGCGCUGAGGCACUGAAUCUCUGGGCACAAGUCCUUGAGUGAGCUCACUGGAUCUGUCAUGGAGAGCUGUUCUGAUUCCAGAAGAUGCCUGCCCUCCCUUUGUAUCCUGCAAGUCCCAGGGGGGAGAUCUGGAUUAAGCUGAAUUAAGAGGCAGGUGAUGAUCACAGGUGUUGGGUGCUUGGGCAGGGGUCUCCAUGGUAACGGUGCCAUCUGGCUUUCUUGCCUGGCAGCAGGCCUUGUGACUUCAUGGUGGAACCUUCUCUGACAGGCAGAGGGGGAUUUGCCAGGGGGAAGAGCAGGCCAGGAGGAAGGGAUCUGCCAAGGGCAGCUUUGUCUUUUCCAUCAGAGUCUGAAGAUUAACCUUGAUCAUGGCACAAUGUGGGGCUACCACUGACUCCAGAACGGAUGCCGAGACGGUGGCCGAGGGACAGCAUAAGCCCCUCUGGAGAGUAGGUGGGGACAUACCUGGCCUCCUUGAAUCCAGAACCCACUGGUGAAGUGGAGCCAGGGCCCAGGCGGGCAAGACUCAGACAUGGGAGAGCCUCUGGGCCAACACCUCUGGAUGGCAGGAAGGUCAUCCCAGAAGAGCUGUGAGCCUGAGCCCAGCGUCUUGGCUUCCCAGAGCCUCCUGGAGGCGGCCGGCCCAGAGCCCCUGUCCCAGCACCCACAGGCCAGCCGUUCAAGGGGCAGUGAGCCCCUCAGCAGCCUUGACCUCUCCCAUGGGUCUCCGGUGGCCUUAGAGUACCUGCCCUUCUUUCGCACCUAUGGGACUCUCCUGGCCGUGGGGGAGCUGGUCCCACAGCCUGAGGCUUGCAGGGACCAAGAAGGAGACCAGACUGUCAGAGAUCCAGCAUUCCAUGAGGACUCAGAACCGCCCAGCGGCUUCUUCCCUUUCUACCGCUCCAAGGAGGAGUGUUUUCCCAGGCUGGGCCUUCCUGGCAGGUCAUGCUGGGGCUCCCGAGACCCAUGCACCAGGAAGGAGGCUCUGGCUGGCUGCGUCUGCAGGAUGACCGUCAGCUGCGCAUGCUCUGCUGCCUCGGCAAGCCCAGACCACCUCCCUGGGUCCUCUCGCUCGCCACCCUGCUGCCCCAUCCUGCUGGUCCCAGAGGGGCACUGCCAUGACAGCGGUCUGACUGCCCCUUCCUCCAGUGAUGCUGCCUUCAGGGACCAUGCCCUUGGUGGCUCGGGAUUCGUGCCUUACUACAGAACCCUCGAGGAGGCGCUGCACGCCAGCCCUGGGCCUCCAGUCUCUCCGCUGGGGAGCCAGGAGCCCACAGGGAUGCUGCCCAGGCCUGGUGCAGCGACUUUGUGAAGGAGUGUGAGUUACUAGCAGCUGGAGCCGCUGAAGAUUGGGCCCCAGCACCUGCUCAUCUGCAAGAGCUGAACGUGGCUGGGGGUGAGGGUUCCAGAACUGGCCUGGGACCACAACUCUGCCUUACCUCCCCCUCUGCCUGGGUGCCUAGGAACCACGGAGCUGGCAGGAGGAGCCCAAACGCUGGUAGGCCUGUCCAUCCCCUCUCAGUCUAUUUGGGUGGGCCAACAAGAAGAUCCUGUGCCCUGCCAGGGUGCACCUCCACACCAGUGUCCGACUGAGCAGGCCUGGGGCAGGAGCAGUCCUUCUCCUCGAGGACUGGAGCUGAGAUGCUCAGCCUGUGCCCCCCGCAGCCACAGCCUCAGCCUCAGGAAGUGACCCCACAGCCCUGGGUGCUCCCUCGGCCCUCCUAGCUGGAAAAACUGCCCGAGGCCAAGGGGACAGCAGCAGCUCCCAAAGGCACUCCACCAAGGAGAUGUCUGCCCGGCCCAGCACUCAGACCGUCCCACAGUCCUCCUCUGCAGUAGCCUGUUCCAAGCUCAGAGGAAGGGAGCAGGACCUUGGUCCUCUGAACAACUGAGGGAUGCAGACCAGAGACUGAAUAAAUCACUUCACUACAAGGA